CGCUGCUGACAGGUUAACGUCGCUGCUGACGCCGCUCCUCCGCCAUCUUCAACUUCCUAUUGUUUGCGAGAGGCUGUCUGUGCUGUGUGAGAGCAGAAUCCGACGCGGAUUUAUUAUUCACCCUACAUUUACAAUUCUUGCGUUUACGCUCAAAUUUGGUCAAACCYUGUGUAUGUCAUUGGACUGAAGACCUCUCAGGACCCCCACCGCUAAAUCUUCACGAUGGACGACGAACAGCCCAGAACCCUAUAUGUGGGAAAUCUGUCCAGGGAUGUCACGGAGCCUCUCAUUCUACAGGUCUUCACACAGAUAGGACCCUGUAAAAGCUGUAAAAUGAUAAAUGAUACGGCUGGGAACGAUCCAUAUUGCUUUGUGGAGUUUUAUGACCACAGACAUGCAGCUGCCUCAUUGGCUGCCAUGAAUGGAAGGAAAAUAUUGGGUAAGGAGGUCAAAGUCAACUGGGCAACAACACCAUCCAGCCAGAAAAAAGACACAAGUAAUCACUUUCAUGUCUUUGUUGGUGAYCUCAGUCCAGAAAUAACCACAGAAGAUGUCAAAGCUGCCUUUGCACCAUUUGGCAGGAUAUCAGAUGCUCGGGUUGUGAAAGAUAUGGCUACAGGGAAAUCUAAAGGCUAUGGCUUUGUGUCUUUCUUCAAUAAAUGGGACGCAGAGAACGCSAUUCAGCACAUGGGAGGGCAGUGGUUAGGUGGCAGACAGAUUCGAACUAACUGGGCCACAAGAAAGCCUCCUGCCCCGAAGACCACCUAUGAAAACAACUCCAAGCAUCUAUCGUUUGAUGAAGUGAUGAGUCAGUCCAGCCCCAGUAACUGCACUGUGUAUUGUGGUGGAGUCAGCUCAGGACUCACAGAGCAACUGAUGAGACAGACCUUCUCUCCCUUUGGACAAAUCAUGGAAGUCAGAGUUUUUCCAGACAAAGGCUAUUCAUUUGUGAGGUUCAACUCCCAUGAGUCAGCAGCCCAUGCCAUUGUGUCAGUGAAUGGCUCUUCAAUAGAGGGCCACAUAGUGAAGUGCUACUGGGGGAAAGARACACCAGACAUGAUGAACUCCAUGCAGCCGAUGUCUGUUCCCCAGCAGAACAAGAUCGGCUUUGCUGCUGCCCAGCCCUACGGCCAGUGGGGCCAGUGGUAUGGCAAUGGACCCCAGAUCAGCCAGUAUGUCCCAAAUGGGUGGCAGGUCCCCACCUAUGGUGUCUACAGCCAGGCCUGGAACCAGCAGGGCUUUAAUCACUUACCGGCCAGUGCUGGGUGGACUGGCAUGAGCGCCAUCAGUAACGGUGGGGUUAUGGAGCCUACACAGGGACUGAAUGGAAGUAUGCUAGCCAACCAGCCCGGUAUGGGAGCUACAGGAUACCCCACACACUGAUUGGUGGGCAGGGUGGGAGAUUUGUCAGGAAACAGCCUCCUAUUGGCUGCGUGCCGCCCUGCACAGGGUCUGUUAAAUAUCGCCUCAGUUUGUGGCAGGACUAAGACUUUUUUUUACAGGAUGUUGAACCUUGUGAGAAGGUUGACAUCUGUGAAAUGUAAAUGGAAUUUCAUGUGGGGUUGAGCAAGCAGGAGCCAUGGAGCAGAGGUUUGACCCCCACAGGUAUCUACACCCCUUUCUGGUAGGACGACUGGCUGUGAACCAGGACUCCUGCCAUUUUUAAGUUAACUGUAAAUGAGUAUAAAACUGUAAAGGAGAAACUUUUGGAUUUUCUUUUCUGGGUUUUAAAAAUUGCUUCCAUUUUUCAUGUCCUUCCUGUUUGACAGCCACUGGGACGUUCUUGUUUUCUUUUCCUUAAACCAAGUCACUCUUAAUUACAUGAGAAAUGGAUUAUUUUUUUCUUGGAUUAAAAAUAAUUGCAGGGAUUGUUACCACUGCUGUUUUCUCUGUAAGAGCAGAUAAAUAUUGCACAGAUUUUUCUCUCUUCUACUCGCCAGACAAAUUCGGCUACAUGAGUAUUUCCUCUUUUGCAUUCCGUUUCUCCUUCAUGUCUUCUCGACAGCCUCAAAUCUCGUUUGUCACGUGUAAAUAACCAUUCAAUCCAUUCAUUUGAAACAAUGUAAGUAAAAAGCUACUGUUAACUGUGGGUGCUUGCUUUGAGUUUUGUUUUGAUAAUUUAACAGUUGACUCCAACAUUGUACGUAGCAGAGUGACACUAUCAAACGUGACACUGGUACAGUGAACACAAUUCUUCCAUGCAGGGAAAAUACAGCAUUGCCAUGCAGUGCAUAUUUAAAUUUAACACGAUUCAAAUGGUAACGGGUGGAUAUGUAUGUUUGAAACAGAUGUUUUUUUUUUAAGUAUACUGAAACCAGACAUUUUAUAUAGAACAUCUGGGUGAAUUGAACCUUUCCACUUGCUCUUUUUGCCAGUGAAAUGGGGAGGCCUACAUUGUAACUGUUGCCUUAUAGAGCUGGUUUCUUUUAGCUGACAAAAUCCUCUUUCUAAUUAGGCAGUGCCUACWGACAUUUUCAACCCCUUUUUGUUUAGAAAGGUGUUAGCCCUGAGACCUGAUGACUCUGCUACUGUAAUCAAUGUUUUCUUGCUUUGUUCAAUUAAAAUGCUAAUGCACAAAUACCA